UAGUGCCUCCUUCAGCUACCAGCUCACAGAUUGAUCACGGACAUAAUUACAAGAUUGAACAGCUCCUAUGAUAUGAUAGAACGAUUUUUAGAACAGCAACCAGCCAUCUGUGCAGCUCUGCUUUCUGCAGAAGUUAGGAAGAGUGAAAAAGAAAUUUUCACAUUAAGUGAGUCUGACAUCACAUGUGCAGAAGAAGUUGUCAGGGCACUCAAGCCUAUGAAGGAUGCCACCCUGGUGAUGUCAGAGGAGAGUAUGCCAACCCUGUCCAUCAUUGCUCCUCUUCAUGCCAAGCUUGUGAUGGGUGCACAAGAAAGUGUUGAUGAUACACCGACAGUAAGGGACAUUAAGACUGCCAUAGCAGAAGAUCUGGGAAAGAGAUAUGUAAAUGAGAGGGAGACACUAUGGAUGGCAUCAACAGUUGAUCCUCGGUUUAAGGACCUGCCCUUCCUGUCUGAAGCAGAGACCAGUGAGACCUAUUCCAGACUGUUGGACACUGUGGUGACUGUGAUAAAGAAGGAAAAAAAUCAGCAAGAGAAUAAGGAGACUGACAAACAGGUGGAGGAAGAGAAUGCCACAGAGGAGGCUCAUCACCCACAUAUCAAAGACAGCUUUGACUCCAUCCCUCGGCCACCCCUAAAGAGACAGAGGACCUCAUGUGCAUUGGUGGACUUGCUCGGAGCUACGUUUGCCUCUACUAGUGACAAUACUGCACCAAAAUCAGAACAUGAUGUUGCUGCAGCUGAGAUCAAGAGGUAUAGAGAUGAGACCCCUUUGCCUCUCACAGGAAAUCCUCUCAGUUGGUGGAAGGACCAUGAACAGGAAUACCCUCACCUAUCCAAAGUAGCAAGGAGUUUCCUAUGCAUUCCUGGAACAAGUGUCUCUGCAGAGAGUUUUCUCCUCUGCAGGAGACAUAGUAAAUGCACAGAAAAGUGUCCUGAGAGCUGACCAUGUCGAUCAGCUUGUAUUCCUGCACAAAAAUCUGGAAAUUGAACAAUAACCACUGAGAAAACACUAAACAUGUAAAAUCUCUGAUAUGAGAAUGUUUGACAUUUUGGUUGAGUCUCAUAAGCA